AAACACGAAGGGCGUUCGCGCGCGCUUUCAGCGCAAGCCAUCAGCCAGUCCCAUCGCAGCAUCACGCUUAACCGGAAGCACCAUCGGCAACGCGAAAGUCCUAUACGCCAAAACCCACAACAAUGUCCUCGAAUGGUACCGUUCCGUCCCGUAACAUCGAAAUCAAAGCGCAAAUCGCCGGCCCGGAAGCGUUCCAACGCAAAGUGGAAAUCGCCCGCCAGCUGACCGGCACCGACGGCGAGAUCAUCAAACAGCACGACGUGUUCUUCAACGCCGAGCGCGGUCGGCUGAAGUUGCGCUAUCUCGAGACGAAAAAGUCCGAAUUGAUCCAAUAUUUCCGGCCGGAUGUAGGCGGUCCCAAAUUGUCCACCUACCACAAACUGGAUCUGGACGAACCGAAACUGUUGGAAACCAUUUUGGCCGAAAGUAUUGGCAUCAAGGGAGAGGUUAAAAAACAUCGGCAUCUGUUCCUGCACGGGCAAACCCGCGUUCAUCUGGACGAUGUGGAGGGGUUGGGGCACUUUUUGGAAUUUGAAGUCGUGCUGAAGCCGGAGCAGAGCGUAGAUGAAGGCACCGCUAUUGCCAACGAGAUGAUGAAGAAGUUUGAAAUUGAGGAGAAGGAUCUAAUCCAGGGAGCUUAUAUGGAUAAGUUGUUGAAAUAAAAUAUGUGAUAAGAUAA